GGGGGGCAUCCAAAGUUAUCCCUGGACAGGGACAACCAGGCAGGAUAUAACCCCACCCACUUUGGCAAAGCACAGCACCAACACCACUAAAGAGAUAUCAACUCUCUUCCUAGUCUUUGUCCAACGCCACACCCUACACAGGUACAGAGUACAUACAGACAAUCAGGAAAUAUUCCCACACAAACAUAACAUUUCUCAAUCGGCUCAGUCUGUUAGUGUGUGCACCACAAUGUCAGCAGCCAUGGACUCAAUCAGUUGUUCAAUAUGUCUGGAUCUACUGAAGGAUCCGGUGACUAUUCCCUGUGGACACAGCUACUGUAUGGGCUGUAUUAAGGACUGCUGGGAUCAGGAUGAUCUGAAGGGUGUCUAUAGCUGCCCUCAGUGCAGACAGACCUUCACCCCAAGGCCUGUUCUGAACAGAAACACUAUGUUUUCUGAAUUGGUGGAGACUCUGAAGAAGACAGGACUCAAAGCUGGUACCCCUACUCACCAUUAUGCUGGACCUGYAGAUGUWGCGUGUGAUGUCUGCACUGGGAGAAAACUCAAAGCMGUCAAGUCCUGUCUGGUGUGUCUGGCCUCUUACUGUGAGACUCACCUCCAGCCUCACUAUGAAUCUCCUYCCUUUAAGAAGCACAAGCUGGUCAAAGCCUCCACACAACUAGAGGAGAAGAUCUGCUCUCAUCAUGACAAACUGGUGGAGAUUUACUGCCGUACCGAUCAGCAGUUUAUCUGUUAUCUGUGUACAAUGGAUGAACAUAAAGGCCAUGAUACAGUCUCAGCUGAAUCAGAAAGGACUGAGAGACAGAGGAAGGUGGGAGAGAAAAAUAAGGAAUCCAAACAGAGAAUCCAGAAGAGACAGAAAGAGAUGCAGGAMGUGAGACAGGCUGUGAAGUCACUCAAGCGCUCUGCACAAGCAGCAGUGGGGGAAAGUGAGAGGAUAUUUACUGAGCUCAUCCGCUCCGUUGACAGAAUGCGCUCUGAGGUGGAAGAGCUGAUCAGAUCCCAGGAGAAGGCUGAAGUGAGUCGGGCUGAAGGACUGCUGAAGCAACUGGACCAGGAGAUGGCUGAGCUGAGGAGAAGAGAAGCUGAGCUGGAGAAGCUCUCACACACAGAAGACAACAUCCAAUUCCUCCAGUAUUUCCAGUCUCUCUAUGUCCCUCUAUUACCCAGCAUCACUGUCAACCACCACAUCUCCUUUGAGGAUGUAAGGAAAUCAGUCUCUGGGCUGAAAAGUAAAGUUGAAAAUAUAUGUUCUGCGGAAAUUGCCAAAAUCUCUGUAAAAAUAACAAAAGUCCACAUUGUUCGACCUUCUGAGCCCCGUUGUCUUCCGUCAUUUGGCCAAACUCAGUCCACCUGUCAGAAGACGAGGCCUGAACCCAAGACCAGAGAGGAGUUCUUGGAAUAUUCCUGCCAGCUCACAUUGGAUCCCAACACAGCACAUAAAAUGCUGUGUCUGUCUGAGGGGAACAGGAAGGUAACACAGAGUAACAACAACCAGCUUUAUCCUGACCAUCCAGACAGAUUUACCAAUGGCUGCCAGGUGUUGUGUAGAGAGGGUCUGUCUGGAGCCUGCUAUUGGGAGGUAGAGUGGACCGGGGUGGAGGUUUAUAUAGCUGUCUCAUAUAAAGGGAUCAACAGGAGAGCCUGGGAUUGGUUUGGAAGCAGUAAUCAGGCCUGGUGUUUGGAGUGUGGUGCCUUUGACUGCUCUUUCUGGUACAAUGGUAAACGGACUGCCAUAUGUGUCCCCCUUUCCACCAGAGUAGGAGUGUACCUGGACCACAGGGCAGGAACUCUGUCCUUCUACAGUGUCUCUGACACAAUGACGCUCCUCCACAGAGUCCAGACCCCAUUCACUGAACCCCUCUAUCCUGGGUUCGGUUUCGAUUAUGGAUCUGUGAAUAUACUGACAUAGACACAGUCAUUCACUUUGAUGAGAAUACAGACAAGCUUUAUCCUCUUAAGACUACAGUGCCCGAUUUCGGGCACUAGAUUUACAGGUAAUUAUUGAUCAUAUGUUUAGUUAUUUUAUUUAUUUCACAACGUUUAUAAGUCAGAACAAAACAAACUAGACAGUUAAAGGACACUCAGAGGCAGGUGCAUCAAAGCUGGUACCGAGAGACCGAAAAACAGCUUCUAUUUCCAGGACAUCAGACUGUUAAACAGUCAUCACUAGCUGGCCUCUGCCCGGUAACCUUCCCUGAACCCCAAACACUGUCACUAGCCGGUUACCACCUGAUACUCUGCCCUGCACCUUAGAGACCGCUGUCCUAUCUACAUAGUCAUUGAACCCUGGUCACUUGACUAAUGUUUAUUACUGUUUUAGCCACUUGAUAUAUAUAUACUGCGUUCUAGUCAUGGCUCAUCCUAUAUAACUACUGCUGUAUACACCUUUUCGAUUCACACACUGUCCAUACUGUCUAUACACACCAUUUCCAUACAGUACAGCGGAGGCUCAUCAGAGGAGGAAGAGGAGGACCAUGCUCCUCAGCGAAUUUCAUAAAAAAUAAAAUGG